GCCCCGCGCCGAUGGACGUCAACACCGUCGCCGCCGUGGCCGCGGUGCUGCUGCUGGCCUCCACCGCCAGAGGGGCUGCCGCCUCCAAGACCAUCCCGUCGUUCGCGGGCCCGUACGUAAUAUACAUCAAGCGGUUGCUCCCGUGCUCCGACAACGACACGGUGUGGAGGCAGUACUACGGCAACAUGCGCUUCAGCCACUACAACCCCGGCAAGCCGCACGACGCGCAGAUCGUCACCGGCACCUUCACGGUCCCCGUCGACGUGGACGACACCUUCUGGAUCGGCGCCAAGGUGGACAAGCGCGCCAACAACCAGUGGAAGAAGAACUACUUCGUGUUCAACAACUUCCCCGUGGGCUUCUGCUCCACGAUGAGAGCGAACAUCCCCGAACCCUUCGCCAAGGUCUUCGGGUCCAAGAGCAUGACCGGGCGCUGCAGCGUGCGCAAGGGCUCCUACACCGUGGACCACGAGCCCAUUCAUUGGAACCUGCCCAACUUCCCGACGCUGCCGUACGGAAACUACUUCGUCAAGAUCAAAGGGGAGCAGCGGGGCGCCGGCAAUGCCUCGCUGCCGAAGCUGUUCGAACUUUGCGGCGAGUGCGAGACCGUGCCGAAGCCCUAGCCCGGCCAUGACAGCCCGACACGACCGGACAGACUGUGGCAGUUGUAAGCAGAAACGAGAUUUUACAAUCAUCGCCCGCCCGCCUGUCACACGCGACCUCGCGUGAUUUUCGUCACGACCUCUGUGUGUGUGUGUGUGUGUGUGUGUGUGUGUGUGUGUGUGUGUGUGUGUGUGUGUGUGUGUGUGUGUGUGUGUGUGUGUGUGUGUGUGUGUGUGUGUGUGUGUGUGUGUGUGUGUGUGUGUGUGCUGGAGCGAUUCGCGAGCAGGACGCGGGGGGGUCCGUUGUGUUGCAGUUUGUACACACGGUUCACAUGAGGAACAACUCGAUCAUGGUUCGGACGGACUGACGGACUGCGCGCCAGGCAGACGGACGGACGGACGGACGGGCCGCCGAGUGCAGUGGAGGAGACGGGCGGCCUCGUCUAACUGAAUUAAAACGCUGUAAUUUGUUACAUUUAAGGCGUAUCAAGGAGCGAAAGUGUGUUUCAAUUACAGCCGCCCCAGCCGUGGCAGAGGCCGUGGCAGAGGCUGCGUCGGAAAGGUGAAUGGUCCACGGAAGCGUUUAUCCGAUCGGUGUUGGGGCUGGGCCAGGGCCUGGGGCUGACUCGGAGGCGCUUUCGUGUCUCUGUCUCGUUCGCACUCGCAUGGGGCGUCGCGCAGGGGUGCGAGGGGGACAGAGCGUCGUGUUUCGGAAACAGCCCGCCGGGCCUCGUACACGUGGGUCUCGGAGCGCCCCCCGGGGCCCCAGGCAGUCCCGCAUUCCAUCUCCGUGGGCGUGGGACUCCCCCGUCGUUUGUCACCUGUGCAUUUCGGAGUUU